AUGAAGGAACACACCUCUGAUAUUUCAUUCUAUCCCCAGUGGGUCUUUACGCUAGGGUUAGGUCUGUCCGCCGGAUUGGAUGUUCUCGUUGCCUCCGCGCUCUGCUAUUAUCUGCGGAAGAGUCGUAGUGGAUUUUCCUCAAUGGAUGGCGUCCUCAAUACUCUCACAUUCUACACCAUUCAAAAUGGUUCGUUGACGUUUAUUGCGACAUUGGCCGCCCUCGUUUGCUGGGUGACAAUGACCAAUUUAAUCUUCCUUGCCCUUCACUUUGUCAUCACCAAAUUGUACGCUAAUGCGCUCCUUUCAACACUGAAUGCGCGCAAAACUAUCCGCAUACAGCAGACUUCUGCUGAGGUCGAGCCUUCUAUGCAGCUAGUCAUCAGCUCGUCAGAUUUCAAUCGACCUGAACGCAGCCGUGCUCGUAUCCGUCAUAACCCGGAGGACAUACCCAUGACAACAAAGGUGCAGAUCAAUGUGGAGGAGACUGUCCACACAGACUACGAGCAUGAAGAACAACAGGACACAAAAACACCAUUGUGA